CUGAACCGCCCCAAAGCCCUGAACGCCCUCUGCGAUGGCCUGAUGAACGAGAUGAGCCGGGCGCUGGACGCCUUCGAGAAGGACCCGCACGUGGGGGCCAUCGUCAUCACGGGCAGCGAGAAAGCCUUCGCGGCUGGAGCAGAUAUCAAGGAGAUGCAGAACCGAACCUUCCAGGAAUGCUACGGGAGCAAUUUCCUUGCAGAGUGGAACAAAGUCUCCAUGGUCAAGAAGCCGGUCAUAGCCGCGGUGAAUGGCUACGCCCUGGGCGGUGGCUGUGAGCUGGCCAUGAUGUGCGAUAUCAUCUAUGCUGGCGAGAAGGCGCAGUUUGGACAACCCGAAAUCCUGCUGGGCACCAUCCCAGGAGCGGGCGGGACUCAGAGGCUCGCGAGAGCCGUGGGCAAGUCCCUGGCCAUGGAGAUGGUCCUCACCGGAGACAGGAUCUCCGCUCAGGAAGCCAAAGCAGCAGCCUUCGAGAUGACGCUGAGCGAGGGGACUAAAAUGGAGAAGAGGCUUUUCCACGCCACCUUCGCUACGGAGCCUGCUGGUUAGGAUGACCGGAAGGAAGGGAUGGCAGCCUUCGUGGAGAAGAGAAAGGCCAACUUCACAGACCACUGAGCGCCCGCCUGCCUGGUCCUCUCGGAGCCGCUGAGCCGGAGCCUGUGCCUUGAUCCCCGUGCGGCGUGGGACUGACUAACCCUCUCGGGCAGGCUGUGCCCGGUGCCACAUGCUGCAGCGCGGCCCGGGAGGAAAGGCCCUUGGCCUCACAAACGCUGCAUUGCCCGGGGAGGGGGAAGGAGCUGUCCUAGCUAGCCUCCCGUU